AUGGCUUCAUCAAGACAACAACCACAUCGUCGUGCCAUGAGUAUAAGUAAACCCAUUCUCUCCCCAAUAAUUGAAGAUAAAGAUAAAAUAUUACCAAACCAACCUCCCACUCCAAAAGUAAAACCAUUUGAUCCGACCAAACCAAAAAAAUGUUUUGAUAGUAUAUUACAUUUGGAAUUAAAAAAUAUAUUAUCAACAUUAAUAUUUUUUUGCGCUCUCAUAUUCUUUCUUGGAAGUUUAAGCGGAAUAGGUCCUCCCUUUGAUGAUUUAGAUUAUGCAAUCAAAAAAGAACCAAAUGUGCAUCAAGAGAUAGAUAUCGUGGGUUCUAAUGCCAUCAUUGAUGAUGAUGAUGAUUAUAUUGUUGAUAAAUCUGGUGUUAAUGAAAAUCCUGAAGUUUGGGAUGAACCUUAUGCAGAAAUUUUAUUAGAUGAUGAUGAUGAAAACAGUAAUUUGGCCGUUCAAGACAAUUAUGGUGAUGUGGAAGAAACUAAAAAUGUUGUUCAUCAAGAAUCAAAUGAAUUGGCUACAGACAAACCUUUGGCUGAUAAGGUGAUUAAUGAUAUUAAACCGGAAGCUGUUGCUCCAAUAACCGAAGAAACAAAUCAGCCAAAACAGGAAGAAAGUAUACUUGAAGAUAUUAAGAUUGUACCUAAUCCGAUUACUGAUGAUGUUGAUGAGAAUAAUACAAAUUUUGGACAUUCUGAUGAAAUUCUUGUUAAUAACAGCGAAUCAAAUGAUGUAACGAGUAAUAAUAAUGUUCCGAAAAAUUUAGUAACAGUGGAUAAGUUAAAUGCAACUGGCUUACCUAAUAAACUUAACAAAAAUAAACUUAGGAAUUAUAAGUCGGGUGGAUCGGGAUCAAGUGACGGCACGGUUGAUUAUGCAAUGUAUACUUAUCAAGUCCCAAAUCCUCAUUUCACGUAUGAUGAUGUCCUUGUUUCACUUACUGAAGAAGAACGAAAUGAAAUUUCUACAACACAAUUAACUGAGAUGAAUACUGAUGAAAGUCUUGAUUCAUCAUGUGGAACAUGGCAAAAGGAUUAUGCUAAAUUAAAUGAAGAUAUUUUGGCUGGAAAAGAAGAUCAAAGAUAUGUUGCCUAUAUUUGCGAAGCCAGUUCGAAUUGUGGUGGUUUAGCUGACCGUAUACUUGGCAUGACUUCGACGUUUUUAUUCGCUUUACUCACAAAUCGAGCUUAUCUUGCGGAUUGGCAAACACCACUUCCUCUUGAUAAAAUUUUUGAUUCUCCCAAUAUUGACUGGAGUUUUGAUUCUUUAAGUCCAGAAUCGGUUAUCAAAGACUUGAAGACUAUUGAGAUUAGUGUCAUUGACUUUGAUACUCAACAUCUAGAUAAUCACUUUUUACUUUCCAAUUGGACAACUAAAUAUCCAGAUCCUUUUAUUAAAUUUUAUACAAAUCGAGGAAUGAUUAUUAGGACCUUUGAUUCAAAAUAUUAUGCUCAACCUCUAAAAGAUAUUGGAUUAAGACCGCACACGGCGUUCGGAUGUAUUUUUGAUUAUUUAUUCCGUCCAACUCCUCCCGCAAUGUCAUUCAUCACAAAAUAUACCUCAUUAUUUUCAAUUCAUAAUAUCUAUUCCGUGGGAAUUCAAAUAAGGGCGAGAGAAGAUACGAAUGCGUUGCAAGAUUACGAGUAUUUUUUCCGUUGUGCAGAUCAGCUUACACGAACAUAUGCUGCACCGGAUCAGAAAGUUAUCUAUUUCCUUAUUACUGAUUCCGUAGCUUUAAGGGACGAGGCUGUACAGAAAUUGGAGCAUGUUAUCAUUUCUGGUUUGCCUAUCAAAUCUCAUCAUGGUCAUCACGAUAACAUUGAUGAUGUAAAUAACGCUAUUAUCGAAAAUUGGAUUUUGAGUAAAACAGAUUAUCGGGUGAUUUCUCCUGGGGGUUAUGGGAAAUUGUCGGCUUUCCAUUCAAAACAAUUACACACUACGGUUUUAAUGAAUUAUCCUGAUGCAUUUAUUACAUUCAGCAAGUUGGCUAAUGAAUGGUCGUUGGGAUAA